GCUCUCACAAAGCGAUUGAACGUGCCCGUAAACGCGUAAACCAACCGCUGGGAGAGUGCCACUGCUGCGCGCAGUACCUCUUCACGCCCUACACACGUCCGCCAACUGUCGUGGCAGGCCGCGCCGGGGAACCGCACCUCCAAAGGCCGUCGCCGCGACACCAUGGGUGCAUCGCAAAGCCAGCCCCAAGAAGAAGAAGAGGACACGCCCGCACCGGCGCCCGCGGCGACGCCGCGCCCCGAAUCACCGGUACCGCCGCUCGCCGAGCACCCGACCGCGUACUUGAUUGGCGACGGGGCGUCGUGCAUGACGCGAGACCGCGGCGAAAUUUUAGCCUUGCACGGCCAGGGACGGUGCUUUGGACGAGUACGGGGCGUGGGCGGCGCCGAGGCGCAGCGGCACUGGGCCGAACUUGUGUUAUCUCCAGAGGAGACGCUGUACUUGACGGAAAGAAAUCUGUUGACGGUCUACGACGAUGAACGAGAGGUCUCAUACGAGGAACUGAGACAGCGCUACGAGGGCGACGAGGCCUUCGCUCGAUUAUCAUUGGUCUACGAGUUCUACCGAAACAAAGGCUGGGUCGUGAAGCCGGGUUUUCAGUUCGGCGCCGACUACAUCCUGUACCGGGGCCCGCCCGACGAGUUCCACGCCGAGCACGCCGUUGUGGUCUUGGACGCGGCGCAGCCGACGCAGUGGUGGAUCGCGAAGACGGUAGCUAGACUGGCCGCGGACGUGCGGAAGCACCUCGUAUUAGCGCGCGUCGACGGCUCCGAUAUCUUCGAGCUCGUCGUGGACGACGCCUUCGCGCGGCCCGCCGACGCGCUCGCCGGGCGGCGGCGCGCGCCCGUGCAGAAGGGCGCGAAAGCGCACAGCAAAAAGCGCAAGCGCAAGGAGUCGGGCCAGGGCAUGGCGCCGCCGGACACGCCGGUCGAGGGGGCGUCGCCCUGACUAAGCUGUAUUUCGUCG